AUGAGUAGCGUUAAGGAAGCCGUCAAGGAGACAUUGGUGGGCAGCACAGAGGAACCUCAGCUGUCGCACCAAGCCCGAUCCAACUUCCUUCGCCAUGCACAGAAGGAUGAAAAUGGGGAGCCAUUCAUGAACGAGGACGACUUCAUUAAUGCUGUUGCUCCCAAGCAAGAGGACUAUCACAAAAUCAAGCGCGAACAGUAUGGCAUUCUAUUCCAGGUCGCAGACCGACGUGGACACGGAAAGCUCUCCCUGUCCGACUGGGCAACCUUCGAGAACCUCCUGACCAAGCCCGACGCCGAGUACGAGAUUGCCUUCCGCCUGUUCGACCUCGAAGGAACCGGUAGUGUCAAGUUCGACACGGUGCAGGGACUCUACAACUUGAACAAGACCGCCGACAGCAUUCCCUUUGACUGGAACUCGGAAUGGGCUUCGCUUUACACCGGUCGCACCAAGACGCGCCAUGACAUGACCUACCCUCAAUUCUCCCAGAUGCUCCGCGGACUCCAGGGUGAGCGUAUUCGCCAAGCCUUCCACAUUUUCGAUAAGGAUGGUGAUGGAUACAUUGAGCCCGAGGACUUCCAGCGCAUUAUCCUUGAGACCUCAAAGCACAAGCUGUCUGAUCAUGUCCUUGAACACCUGCCUUCGCUCUGCAACAUCUCGGCUGGCAGCAAGAUCUCUUACGCUACUGUCCGUGCCUUCCAGAACAUUAUGCGCGAGAUGGAUAUUAUCGAUGUGGUCGUCCGGGGAGCCACCAAGAAGAGCACUGACGGCAAAAUCACCCGCUCUGACUUCCUCAACGAGGCCGCUCGCGUCACCCGAUUCUCCCUAUUUACCCCCAUGGAGGCCGAUAUCCUCUUCCACUUCGCCGGCUUAGAUGCUCCGUCUGGGCGCCUUGCCCAGAAGGAUUUCGCCAAGGUCAUUGAUGCCUCAUGGCGCCUCCCCGCUGCUGUGGCAGGCCAAGCUGUGGCGGAAGCGGCUGAAAAGACUACGACCUUCCUCCACAGCGUCCUGGAAUCAGCACACCACUUCGCUCUUGGUAGCAUUGCUGGUGCCUUUGGUGCCUUCAUGGUGUACCCGAUCGACUUGGUCAAGACCCGUCUACAAAACCAGCGAUCCACUCGCCCCGGCGAGCGUCUUUAUAACAACUCGCUCGAUUGUGCGAAGAAGGUUAUCCGCAACGAAGGUUUCACCGGCCUGUACUCUGGUGUCAUCCCGCAACUGAUUGGUGUGGCGCCGGAGAAGGCCAUCAAGCUCACUGUUAAUGACCUGGUCCGUGGUGCCUUGACGGACAAGGAUACCAAUAAGCUUUGGACCCCUUAUGAGGUUCUGGCCGGUGGUACUGCUGGUGCUUGUCAAGUGGUCUUUACAAACCCUCUGGAAAUUGUUAAGAUUCGUCUGCAGGUGCAGGGUGAGGUUGCUAAGAAUGUUGAGGGAGCUCCUCGCCGUUCAGCUCUCUGGAUUGUGAAGAAUUUGGGUCUGAUGGGCUUGUACAAGGGAGCUAGCGCUUGUCUCCUCCGUGAUGUCCCAUUCUCGGCUAUUUAUUUCCCCACAUACUCGCACUUGAAGACCGACAUGUUUGGUGAAACCGCUACCAACAAACUUGGUGUUCUUCAGCUCCUGACCGCCGGUGCCAUUGCUGGUAUGCCUGCUGCUUACCUCACCACACCCUGCGACGUGAUCAAAACUCGUUUGCAGGUGGAGGCCCGCAAGGGUGACACCAAGUACAAUGGCCUGCGACACUGUGCCACAACGGUGUGGAAGGAGGAAGGCCUGAAGGCCUUCUUCAAGGGUGGCCCCGCCCGUAUCAUGCGUUCAUCCCCACAGUUUGGUUUCACCCUUGCCGCUUAUGAGGUUCUGCAGAAGAACUUCCCCCUGCCUGGCUCCCAUGAGGAUGAGACCCCCACCGGCUAUGUGGAGCCGGGUGUUGGCAUGGCUGGUGCGACGGCGCCUCUCCCCUACCUCCGCUCAAGGAACGCUCUGAAGCUCAUCCUUGACUUGGAGCCGAACCUUGGCCGAGUGCAGGUCCCUCGCCCUGAGAACUGGCCCAAGUUCCUGCAGAACUCAAAGCAGUAA